CGACACGCAAAAACCUAACCUCAGCGCCUCGAGAGGACGGACGGACAUUGUUUUUAUUAUUGUCCUUGCUUUCGCUGAAUUCGGUCGAGUCAAAGGAACGGUUCCUUGUAUCGAAAGGUUCUUUAGUGCGUAUUUGCACGUCGUUUAAAGUGGUUAUUUGUGCAGUGAUUAUUCGAAGUUAAAUAAAGUUACACGUGUGUCAAUUCGGUUGAAAAACGGUGAAUUUAGUGCUUUUUAUGCUCAACGCAAGCGAACAAACAUUCAAGUGCUUAAAUCAAGUCGAAGCCAUUUUCUGGUGUGCAAUCGUGAACAGUUUUUCGUCCUUAAAUUUGACGACGCGUCCGUGUCCUAAAAUUCGUUUCAGACAAAAUGUUUCGUGUUCCAUCAAAGUUGUCCACUUUGGCAGCUGGCAGCUGUUUGUCCAAGCGUGGAUUGGUAGAUUUGGCCAAGUUGAGCUCCCUGGUUGACAUUAAACCGGAAGUCCGUGAUGCCCUGACCAAGGCACCUCAAUCGGUAGUGGCCCUCGAGUCCACCAUCAUCACCCACGGUAUGCCCUAUCCGCAGAAUCUUGAGACGGCCCUCGAAGUGGAGCAGAUCGUUCGCCAAAAGGGCGCCAUCCCGGCCACCAUCGGCGUUGUCAACGGCCGCGUCAAGGUCGGCGUCACUUCCGACGAGCUGAAGGUGUUGGCUCGCGUCGACAAAGAGAGCACCUUGAAGACAUCGCGCCGUGAUCUGGCUUAUGUGGUGAGCCGCAAGCUCAACGGUGGCACAACCGUCGCCGGAACCCUGGUGGUAGCCAGCAUGGUCGGAAUAAGAAUUUUCGCCACUGGUGGAGUCGGUGGUGUUCACCGCGGUGGAGAACACAGCCUGGACAUUUCCGCCGAUCUGAUCGAGCUCGGUCGCUCGCCAGUCGCCGUCGUUUCCAGCGGCGUCAAGUCCAUUCUGGACAUUCCGAGAACUUUGGAGUAUUUGGAAACCCAAGGUGUCUGCGUUGCGUCCUACCAAUGCCCGGACAUGGAAUUCCCGGCCUUCUACUUCCCCACCAGUGGAUGCAAGGCGAACUGCAACCUGAACAACCCGGUUGAAGCCGCCGAGCUGCUCAGCGCCAACAAUUCCCUGGGUUUGCAGUCCGGAUUCCUGAUCGGCGUACCACUGCCCGAGGAGCACGCAAUCGACCGCAAACUGAUUGAGGAUGCCACCGAGCAGGCCCUGUCCGAUGCUGGCCAGAAUGCCGUCGGCGGAAAGGAAAUGACUCCGUUCGUUUUGGCAGCUAUCUCACUGCACACUAAGGGAAGAAGCCUUGAAUCGAACAUUGCCCUGGUAAAGAACAACGCGAGCGUCGCGGCGGAAAUCGCGGUCGAGUUGGCACGUUUGGAGAAUGGCGGGGGCGCUGCCAAGUCCGGCAGCCAACGAGCACCGGUGGUUAUCGGUGGAUCAAUUGUCGACACUUGUAUCACGGUGAAGGAUGAUGAAUGGAAGGUAAGUACUUCUAGCUACGAUGAUGCUUCGAUAUGUUGGUGAAGCUGGCAAUUCGAC